UUGUGUCAUAACUCAUUAAGUGAUAGGGAGUCUUGCUGAAGACAAAAUCAGAGCGUGUCCGGUCUCAAGGAAAGGAACGAUCACAUUGAGUUAAAAUGACAUCAAUUUUUAAAAGGACAAGACGUAUGCGUAUACGUAUUCGCAGUAAGAGCUCCAAAAACGGCAGUGUUGAAAGUGUGGGACGUAGCAGCAGCAAUUCAGACGACGGCAGAGCAUCUUUAUCUGAGCAUAAUUCCACAAUGGUCGAGGAAGACGCGAGGAUAGAAAAAUUUCUAUACAAACUGCGAGAAGCAUACACAUGGAGAGAACGCUAUGGUUCAAAUAGUGAAGAACUUCAUGAUUCAGUACAGAAUAUCAUAGAACAUUCAACACAUUUACAAUCACAGCUAGCUUCUGAUGGCCGCUAUGAUGACGCAGAGAGGGUUGCAAAGUAUAUCAACGACAUACAGCACAUCUGGGGGAAAGAAUUACUGCAACAAUUAAACCUCAAACAAUUUAACCGUGAAAUAAUAGAACUGCCACCGUUGAGGAUAAUUUCAUCGCAAUAUUUUCAACCAGAGAUCGCCUGCAAAAACAAUCAGAAAUUAAAGAUAUUCACAUUCACAAUCACAGAACUAUCUACGGGGAAUUUAGGAUUCAAAUACUAUCUUGUGUAUAACAGACAUGAUACUGAGUACUACAUGUUGGAACUGAUGACGAGCAAAGGAGUUUAUCCCAUAAAAAUGUAUGGAGUUAUAAGUCCCAGUUAUUGGUCUGUAAGAGAGGACGUGCUGUACGAUAUUUCACGACAAACAGGGGGAUAUUUAGGCAAGAAUCUUAUUGCUAAGUUACCAACCAGAGUUUAAGGGAAAAUUUCAAGUUUUCUAAUUAUGUAAAUACUCUAAAUAUAUUUAUAUGAAAUAAACGUCUAGGUUUUGCGUCUUAACGUACAUAUUGGUAUAAUAUACUAAGGUUUAUUUAAAAAUAAAGUUAGAUAGAACGAUAACGAUCGUCUAUAGAAAAAAAUUUUUGGGCAUGAAGGCAAGAUUAUUUCUCGUGUGAAUCCACAUAUUUUCUAAUUAUUACUUACAUAAUUUAAGAAGUAGAAAAGUAUCACAAAUCAACAUGAGGUAUGAAAUACAGACAUCAAUACAAAUUAA